AUGCCACACGGCAGCCAAUUCGACCCUGAAGCCUACGGCUCACAUGUCCCGGCCGAGUUUGCCGGCCGAUUCCGCGUAUUCAUGCUCCUCGUCAUCCUGUCCGAAGUUGACGGCUUGAUUCUGCAAGACUUGAACAUGCCCGUGUCCACCGAGAACACCACAACGUUCUGCAGCACUCUUCAUGACCCUAUGAGUGCUGAGCUUGGUCUUGUGCUCGAGAACAUGGAGGCAAUUACGUCCCACGACGGCGGGAGCUGCUGCUUGCCGCCACGACAGGACAGUCCAUUAUUGGCACGACUUCAAGUUCUCGCUGGUUCGAAACGUGAAUGGUACUGCAGAUGGGCCGAAUGA